AUGGAAGUGCCUGAAGGCCUGAGAGUUAACCGGGACAGCCGUGCAGAGAAUGCAACGCUUGAUCUGGAGCACAGAGAGCAGCGGUCGGGCUGGGUGAGAGUGAGGGUGGAGGAGAGCUGGUUCACGGUGGAGCGGGCCUUGCUAGCGAGGCGCAGCAACUACUUCCGCGCCCUCUUUCACUCGGGGAUGAUAGAGAGUCGGCAGGACGAGCUCCACCUGAGGGGAGGAGUGCGUGCGAGGGGUUUCCUCGUCGCCCUGGCUGUCUGCAGGGGCGAGGCGCCCACCAUCAGCGACCCGGACGAGCUUGUAGAAGCUGUCGAGUGCGCUGCUUUCCUGCAGGUUGCGUGUUUGGUGCAGCAUCUCUGCGACAUUAUUGACUCAGACAACUGCCUCUUGCUCUACCAUGCAGCCUCCAUCUUUGGUGUGCAGACGCUCUUUCGCAGCGCUGCUCUUUUCCUUUGCGAUGCUUUUGAUGACUUGAAGGAAGCAGCAGAGAGUUCAAUACCCGAAGACCUUCUUGAAUACUCUCAAUCAUUGUCUCCUACUUCUUACAUCGCUAUAGGCACACACUCGCCUUCAAUGGAGCUGCUGCACGACUCCUUCAGGGUCGUAUGCUACCUGGAUGAAAAGGCGGGAGAGUGGAAGCAUCUGACAAACCUCCCCACUCUCUGCAGCACCUCCAUGGCUGGAGUGGCAGUGCUUGACAACCGAUUGUACAUUGUGGGGGGAGUUUACGGUUACGGCAAGGACACGGUAGACAGCAGCUUCUGCUACAACCCCGAGUCAGGGGUGUGGACUGCUCUUCCAGGUCCCAUGCAACCAAGAUAUGAUUUCACCCUGCUGGGACAUGAUGGCCGACUCUAUGCCAUUGGCGGCGAAUUCCAAAAACGGAUCAUUUCCACGGCAGAGAGUUACGACAUUGAGAAGGGGGAGUGGGCAUUUAUUCAGCAUGCACCGAGACCUGUAGCAUCUGCAGCUUGUGCUGUUGCAAGACGGCGGAUGUUUGUUUGCUUCUGGAAACCACCAGACACCACAGAUAUCUACGAAUACAUACCAGGAGUAGACAAGUGGAAACUUGCAACCACAAUGAUCAAACCUCAAAGCUAUGGCCACUGCAUGGUGGCUCACAGGGACAAUUUAUAUGUGAUGCGCAACGGGCCUUGUGACGACUUCUUGCGCUGUCUAAUGGACUGCUACAACAUCACAACAGGCCAGUGGACGGCCAUGCCCGGGCACUACAUCAACAGCAAGGGGGCGCUGUUCACUGCGAUGAUAAGGGGGGACUCAGCAUUCACAGUGAAACACAUGCUGACUCUCGAAUACACCAUCACUGGAAAUGGAUGGAAGCCCCGCAGGCAGAUGAAGGGAUUUCCAAAGAGUGGCUCACUGUGGACGUGUUUACUCAGGCUUCCCAAGACGGGACCAGUUACACCACAGCUGGAUGCAGUGGGGAAGGAAGAUGAAAUGUCUUUGCCAGACACUUCUGAGAGAUUUCUGGACGCUUUACCGCAACUGUGA